CAGCACGUGCUUAUUUUGUUAUUAAUCUUUUUUAGUGAAAGUACUAUUUAUUAUGAAAAACUUAAGUGAAAUAAAAUAUUAAAGUAAAAAAAAUGUCGUUAGUGUUAACCAAGGCAGCGCUUGCUUUAAAGAAUGCUGAAAGUAAUUUACAAGUUGUUAAAUUCGAAGCACAUAAACCUAAAAAGAAAAAAAGUGGCGAAAUCGAAAAUAGUCAAGAUUUUAAGAUAACAGGGCCUGCAAAACAAGAUUUAGAAUUAAAAAAAAUACGACAUGAAAUAGUCAAAUUUGGAAUGUCCGGUUUCGAUCCUACAAAGAAGGAAGAAGCCAAAAUUGCUUUGGCCGUUAGCUUAGGAGCGAAACCACCUAAACGAGAAUAUAUUAAUUACAAAGAGCUAAUGAAUAAAAGAAAACAAGAGAAGCAAAAAUUGACUGAAGAAAAACAAAUGAUGAUAUCAAAGAACAACCUCAAUACAGGAAUUAAGAAGAAAAAGAAGGGUGUGAAUAAUGAUGUUGGACAUUUCUUAAGCAAUUAUGGAAAGGUACAGAAGAAAGACUUGAAAAAGAACAACAGCAAAGGAUCACGAAAGAAAAAAUAAGAUUUUAUUUAUUUAUUAUUAAAGUUUUAUAUAAAAUGA